AUGGCGUUAACGUGCGACUGCCCGAUGUCGCAGCCGGGGCCGACGCUAGCGGCGACGUGCGGCGGCGGCGCCUUCAUGCUGUUCAUGGGGCUGCUGGAGGUGUUCCUGCGCAGCCAGUGUGACCUGGAGGACCCUUGUGGACGGGCUCAGUACCGUCGUCACAUGGACUCGGUGUACGACUUCAUCGUGGUAGGCGGCGGAUCGGCGGGCUCGGUGGUCGCAGCGCGUCUGUCCGAGGUGCCGCACUGGAGAGUGUUGCUGUUGGAAGCAGGUUUCGACGAGCCAACCGGCGCUCAGGUGCCAUCAAUGUUCCUGAACUUCAUCGGGUCGAGCAUCGACUGGGGCUACCACACAGAGCCCGAGCCCGCCGCCUGCCUCAACAGCGAGAACAGGAAGUGCUACUGGCCGAGAGGAAAAGUAUUGGGCGGUACUUCAGUGAUGAACGGUAUGAUGUAUAUCCGAGGGUCCAGGAAGGACUACGAUGACUGGGCAGCCGCUGGCAACGAGGGCUGGUCCUACGAAGACGUCCUGCCUUACUUUAUGAAGUCAGAGGACAACAAGCAGAUAGACGAGAUGGACAAAGGCUACCACGCGACUGGAGGACCGCUAACCGUGUCGCAGUUCCCCUACCAUCCACCGCUUAGCUUCAGUCUCGUGAAUGCUGGAGAGGAAUUAGGAUACCAAGUGAGAGACUUAAACGGUGAGAGUAGAACAGGCUUCGCUAUAGCCCAAACCACCAACCGCAAUGGUUCUCGUCUCAGCGUCGCUCGCGCCUUCCUUCGACCAGUGAAGAACCGCCCCAAUCUCCAUGUGAUGCUCAACGCAACCGUCUCCAAAGUCCUCAUCAACCAGACAACUAGACAGGCGUACGCGGUUGAGGUCAUCAACAGUUUUGGACGCACCGAAGUGAUCUUCGCGAACAAUGAAAUCGUACUCAGUGCGGGUGCAGUAGCAUCACCUCAAAUCCUACAGCUGAGUGGAGUAGGAGAUCCCAAUGUUCUGUCCCGAGCCGGCGUCAAAACCAUCCACAACCUGCCAGCGGUCGGCAAGAACCUUCACAACCAUGUCGCCCAUUUCCUCAACUUCAAGGUCAAUGACAACAACACUACGCCUCUGAACUGGGCCACCGCUAUGGAGUAUCUGCUGUUCAGGGAUGGUCUUAUGUCGGGAACAGGUAUUUCCGAGGUCACAGCCUUCAUAAAUACAAAAUUCGCCAACCCCGAAGAGGACAAUCCUGAUAUCCAACUGUUCUUCGGUGGAUUCUUAGCAGACUGCGCUAAAACCGGCAUGGUCGGUGAAAAGUUAGAUGAUGGAUCGCGAAGUGUGCAGAUGUUCCCAGCAGUUCUACGGCCCAAGAGUAGGGGGCGACUGGAAAUUGCCAGCGCUGAUCCAUUCGCACACCCUAAGAUUUAUGCCAAUUACCUUACUCACGAGGACGACGUGAAAACCCUCAUCGAAGGCAUCAAAUUCGCCAUAAGACUGUCAGAGACUAAGGCGCUGAAGAAAUACGGUAUGAAGCUGGACAGAACCCCUGUUAAAGGUUGUGAGCAGUACAAGUUCGGCUGUGACGCAUACUGGGAGUGCGCAGUGCGACUCGACACUGCGCCUGAGAACCAUCAGGCUGGGUCCUGCAAGAUGGGACCGAGAGGAGAUCCUACUGCGGUUGUGGAUAAUUUCUUGCAGGUCCAGGGUAUAGACAGGCUGCGAGUUGCUGACGCCAGUAUCAUGCCAGCAGUAACGUCGGGUAACACCAACGCGCCCACUGUGAUGAUCGGCGAGCGAGCUGCCGACUUCAUCAAGCGACGCUGGCUCGGGGAGACGGAGGCUAAGAUACCCUAUCCAUCAAACGAGGGUGGGAUCUCCAACAUCCUAUCACUCAGCGAGAGCAGAUACCCGGGUUGGGCGCCAUGGGGUUGAUCCUAUAGUCUAAUUCCUACGCCUUGCGCACAUACACUCAAGUUACCACGCACAAGACUGCUUAAUAUCUAGAUUCAAGAAUGGUCGGUUCCCCGCUG